AAUCCACGAAGAAGAGCACGAACUUCGAUCUGGCGGGCUUCCUGUAGCGUCAACUCAAACUUAUCAACGAUUGCAUUGCGAGUGAGAUUUCUCUCAUGGAAUUCUCCUAAGCUGCACAUAGGCCACUUAUGGCUGCUCUAUUUACGACAUGGCGGAAAAUUUCUACAAAAUUGAGGAUGAACCCUUCCCUAGUUUUUUAGGCAAGUCUCUGGACAGCACUGUCAACCGCACCACAAUUGGGAAUGUCACUCUUGGUUCCGGCCCGGGACUGCCAGUGGCUGCCUCUACAGUUGCUAAAAUUAGACCGGAUCUUGACAACAGAGUGGAUCAUGCUGAGUCUUCAUUUCUAGAGGCUGAAAAACAAUUUCUUGACACUAACUUGUCGGUGGGAGAAAAGCCCAAGUUUACUCUUGGCUUUAAAGAUGACAUGGACCAGUCGGGUGAGUUUGUGGCAGUGCGUCGACUUUCAGACCUCCUGGUUAAAAUAAAUCUGGAUGAGAGCUUCCCACCACCAUCUAACAUGGAUCAAUGUCAUGACAUGGGUCUCAGAACAGGAUUUUCUAAAGAAAAGAUGCUGUCUGCUCCAAGUCCAGAAAAUAAUGAAGACGUGCGGAGCGAAGGAGCGAAUAGUGACCAAUUCACUGGGAGUAACUCCAGUUUUUUGGCAAAUGAGAAACUGAUGACUUUGGACAGCAUCAACAGUGACAUUACAGAUGAUGACAUCGAUCUCAACAACUUACCUGAUGAGGAAUUGGAACUUUACUUCAAGAAACUGAUGCCUCCUGUCAUGCAGAGGGGACAAGUGGAAGGCCAGGAGAUUCCUGGAGCUCAUGACUUCCAGAUGCCUGAUGUUCGUGUGGCAGCCACUGGUAUGGAUUCCUGCCCAGCUAGUGAUGAGGACACUGGGGAUGAGCUAGAUUUUGGCAGAAGGAUCAGUGGUUCCACAGAAACACAUCUGCUACCAAGCACCACCAGACAACUCGUCGGGGAGAGCAAUCGCCCAAGUUUUCGACCUGGAUUGGAGGGUGGCAGCUCAGAUGAUGAGUCUUCAAGUGCAGUCAAUGGCCCAUAUCCGUCUGCGAUUGAGCAUCGACGGUCUGCUGAGGGACAAGUUAUUAACCCACCUGUCACAGGCGAUGGAGGUGGGGGAGACGGUAGUAGCGGGAGUGAAGACAGUGGGAAUGCAGCAGGAGUUCCGACUCCCUCUAUUCCUGCCCACUAUGAUGCUUUACGUGGCAUGGGACUUGUGGGUAGCAGUGAUGUUGUGGAAGAAGAGGAUGUUGCCCUAAACAUGCCGACAGAUCUUGAAAGGAUGGGAGACCGUGUGGGACCAGUCGGAACAGGGGCGUCUCCAGGAGAAGCCCGCAGGCUCAGUGGGGCGCUGGAUUCCUUGGAGAGCAUGCAGUCUUCUGCUAAUUUUGAAGGAAUGUUGGAUUCUAUCUACCUCAAGAGUGGAACAAGACUUGGAAUGCAACCAGACAUGUCAAGCUUAAGUGUGAACCACCUUCAAGGCAAUCAGGAGAGCUUGUGCCUGUCCCAAGUUUUGCCUUCGUUUGGCCCGAGGGAAGGCCCCUUUGGUGAUACCAUACAUGCUGAUGCCUCAGAUACUAACAGCGAUGGUGACAACAAUCCACUGUCCACCUCACUGGAGGCCAAGUACUUUACCCAGAGCUUCCAAGGGGACCAAGAUGAUUCAGAUGAUGUCUGGAAUAACUAUUCAAAUAGUCUCGAUCUUGAGUUUCAGCAAGGUGCUACAACCACAAACAGUGUGGUGUACCAGAAUGAAGAAGGGCAGUGGGUCACUGACCUGGCUUAUUACUCGUCCUUUCAAAAAGAAGUUGAUGGGAAGACGCCAGAGAAUGAUAAUAAAUUUGAAACUGAAGAUUUUGUUUCUGCAAGUAAUGCUUUGGAAAAGCUUGCCAAAGAUCAAGCUGAAUUUGAAAAGGAGCAUCAAUUCAUGCAGGAGGAACAGAUUGUACCAGCCAGCGGCAAUAGUACCUUUCAGAGUGAUUCAUCUUGGAAGGCUCCUGCCAGCAGUCACAUUCUGAUGAGAGCAUCUCAGGUUGCUUCAGAGUACAAUCAGAACAAUCAAAGUUAUCUAAGACUCUCUUUAGGACAGUUUUUUGAGCAACGCUCUGAAGCUCUGGGCUGCCUAGGAGUUACUGAUGACUUGAACUGGAUCAAAAGGCCGUCUUUUGGCUAUGUCAUUACAUCCCCAGAAAAGAGGGAACCAUUUCCACUGCUCCGACCUGCUAACUUCUCUCCAAGCGAGGAUGACUCUCCUCAGAAUGAUGCCAUAGACCUCAGUGAUGCUGACAAAACACUCAACCCUGAGGAUUUGGACCACACUCUUAAGUCACAAGAGGAAAGAGAGUCCCCAAAAAGAGAUGCUUGCGAUCCAGAUAACAAGCUGAGCACCACUGUUGUCCUGUCUCAAGAGAAAGAUAUUCCUGAGCCAAAUAAUCAAAGCUCUGCAUCCCCACAAAAUAAUAGUCAUCUAAUGCUAAGCAUCAGCAGCAUUGCCUCAGCCAUUGCAGAUGCAUCCAUCAGUACUGAUCCGUCCCAGCUGGCCAACAUGAUUCUGGAAUUGUCUAAAAAAAGCAGAGUGCGGCGACUCCCAAAAUCAACGGAUGCUACAAGCAGCUUCACGGAGAACUCAGAAGCUACUGAAGAAAGCGUGAAUGGGAGCUUGGAAGAAAGUACAACAUUGGACACGCUACAGCAGAGCACACAUGGCGAAGACCUGAGCUUCUUCGACAUUGAGAAAUACCUGAAAAAGGCGGAUGUGUCAGACAGCAACGAAACAUCCGUGGGACAUACUACAUUUGAAUUGACAAGAUGGUCUGACACCGUUAAUCAACCAACAACCUUUCAGGCAGGAUAUUCUGAGGAGCCGAGGAACUCUUGCACUGUGAGCCAUCCAAAAUCCCAAGUUGGCGAUGAUGCUGAAAAAGCACCCCUUUCUGUCGCCGGUCCAAAAUUAAACUCAUCAGCUGCCCAAAGCAAAAGUCAGUCAAAAAGAAGCUCUAUUCCUCGCUCAACAUUCAGCUCAUCCAGAUCAUCUCUGGGGACUUCCGUACUCGAACCUUCAAUGAAGGUGAAACCAUUGUGUAGUAGCAAAAGCCCCACCGACACCAAAGGAGAAUUGAAUCAGAAAGCAUCAAACAAAGUUCAGCCUUUUCAAGAAACGUCACUUUCAAAAAUUCCUGUCAGCUCAAGUGGCUUGCCAAGAACUUCAGGGAAAAGAACUAAAGGGGAAUCGGUCACACAGAGUCCUCGGCAAGGAGGAAUGAUGGUUAAACAUCAGCAUGAAGGAUCUGCAAAUUCUCCAGAGACCAUGCAUCAUGGAAUGAGUGAUAUGGUUGCUCCCUUACCUCAAAAGUCCCUUGACAACGCAUCUUGCCAACCUGCUGUUGAUUGUGCACCUGAACUUCGAUUGGGUCUCACUGGGAGUUCUGGCGAGGAAACUCAAUGCAACUUUAGGCCAUCCACUUCUCCACUCACCCACUCCUCACCAAGUCAGACGGUGCCGCCUCCUGCUGUCGGAGCGGUGUCUCCAAUGACACCAAAGUGCGGCCCUGCAGGCAAACGUCCCGUUGUGGACAUCUCCCCUGAGUCCACUUGCUCCAGCCCAAGCCUCAGUAGGCUCACGUAUAUUUCCCUUAAUGAUGGCACCGUUGUUCCAACACCAGAGAGACAAAAGAGUAAUUGCACCAUGGGAUUGAGCACCACCAUCAUCCGGUUCAGCCCAACGCCUCCUAUUGAGCAGGAAGCACUUUCUAAUGCGGAUCUUCAAAGGUUUUCCAAAAGUCUUGACCAAGUUCCUGCUCAGCAUUGUAAAAGUCUGGACACACAGAACUAUAAAGACUCAGCACCUGUUUGUACUGCCUCUACUCUCAGCUGUACCCGCAGCCAGAGUGAGUGUAAUCAUCGCAUGCCAGGAGACAGAACUGGCGACCCAGCCAUGAAUUGCAAAGUUCAUGAUCACUUUACUGAAGCCAAUUCAAAGAUGCUGACUAAAGUGGAAUCUGGCUACUGUAGUAAUCUUUACAUGCCACAGACAAGUGCCACAGCAGCUCCUCAAACCCAACAGCCUUAUGGACCAAAUGCCACAGCAUGUGUGUACUCUAGUGGAAUUGUAAUGCAGCCACCAUUCCCUCCAGAUGGUUCUCGCUAUGUUCCUCUAUCUGGAUUUCGGCCGUUAUGUCCCGGCAUGAUGGACAUUCCCCAUCAAAGAGACAUGCAGGCUCUGAUAACCGGAUCUUCUGUCUUCAACUCCCAACUUGCUCAGCCCUAUCUGCACCCAGAAGUUCCAGUACCAAGUGGCUAUCAUGCAAACACUGGAGGAGAUGUAUCAACCGGUGACCUCGCAGCAAGAAAGGUACUUCCCAUAUCACAACCUGGUGUUCUGGGUCAUGCUGGACAACAUCUCUUACCUGGGAGCACUUCAAACCAACAAAUGGAAAGGAUGGAAAAACUAUACAGUCAAUUUGGGUCUGAACCAAUUAUGUCCGGCGGACUUGAGGAACUAAGAGGUCAAGUGGUGGUGCCGGAGGAGCUGCAGUUCCCUAACUCCUGCUGCGUUGGCAUCGCCUCCCAAACCUCUCUAAGCAUUUUUAACCCCUCAGAAAGAUGGCAGCAAGUGUCAAUCUCGGUCACAAGUUUAGCAAUCGAUGGAGAAAAGGUUGAGAGUUUCCCCUACCAGUGGCUCAUAGUGAAGAACAGGACUAUUAUUGGGCCCAAGAGUACAGAGGAACAGAAAGUGUUGUUCAUUCCACCCCAGCCAGGUGUCUACCACUGUGUCUUGAGUGUUUGCUCAUGGCCGGCGUCUGCCGAGACAGAGUUAGCAGCCAGGGCCAAAAUCUUUGCCAGAAGAGUUGUGCUCAUUGCCAUUGCCGAGAAUCCAUCAUUAGACGUUGAAGUCAGUAAAUUAGGCUUGGACUUUGGAGAUCUGCCGGGGGGAAGUGCCAAAAUUCUUCCUCUUAAGAUCAUCAACAGGACUCAUGCUACCGUUCCCAUCAGGCUCGUAAUAAGUGCCAAUGCAACAGCGUGGCGGUGCUUUACGCUGUCAAAGCAGCCUGUUCCCCUGACAGCUGAGGGGACUCAGCAGGCUGGACACAUGACCACAGUCUCUUCUCCCUCAGUGAUGAACCAUGUGAUGCAUGCCAGUUAUGGAGAGAAUCCAGAAAGUUUCAUAGUGUGGAUUCACUUUAAAGCCCCUCAAAAAUACAGGCCUCCCUCUGGUAACUUGCCUUCUCGUGAGAUUGGUUCUGCUGAUGAAUACACUGCAAGGGUGGAUAUUGAAGUGGACUCUCCAGGUGCCAGUCGUGUGAUCCAGAGUAUUCCAAUAAGAGCCAGGUCUGGAACUGCACAGGUCCAUGCGCCCAAAGAUUUGCAGACUGUCCGCCUCUCAGCUUCUCUGGGCAGGUCCACUCGGCAGACGUUGCCCUUGAAGAAUGCUGGAAACAUUGAUGUGCAACUAAAACUUAAGAGCAGUGAUGCUGAGGGCUGCUUCAAAGUCAUGCCCUCUGAGCUGUCCCUCAGAGUGGGAGAGGAGCAAGGCAUUGUGGUCUCAUUCACAGCACAGGGCAGCAGAAAAUGUACAGAAAGUCUUCUCACAAUCUUGGUGAUGCCCUCUGGGCCGGAAUAUGAGCUGAACCUGAAAGGAGAGGUAGUUCCAGACAACCCUGGAAAAACCAGCGGUCAUUCUGCGACAGCCCCUGUUGUUAAUGAAGACGUGCCGUCUAUUCUCUCCAACCGGCAAUUUGUCACCUGGGGAGGGGUCACCCUUGGACAAGCUGUCCAACAGAAGUUGAUUUUGAGGAACAACUCAUCUGAUGUGACCCAGUAUUUACAGCUGCUCAUUCGAGGUCAAGACCAGGACUGUUUUCAGCUCCAAAGCAUGUUCAGCUCUGACGAGGGCUUGACCCGCCGUGGAGAGGUGACCAUCCGUCCGGGAGAGGAUGUCACCAUUCACCUCCUUUUUGCACCCACCAGAGUGGCCUGCAUGUUGGCCAGGCUGGAGAUCAAGCGAUCUGGAGCCAGACCCUCACAAUCAGGAACCAAAUUCACUAUUCCACUUUUUGGUUAUGGUGGUACCAGCAACAUAAUCCUGGAGGACCAGAGGAAACAGGCUGAUGGCUAUGUGGCCACACUGACAGAUAUCGCUGUAGAUCAUGUCAGCAAGGUGUGCUUGUGUGUGAGAAACACAGGCUCCAGAGCAGCCUUUGUCAAAGCUGUUGCCUUCUCUGAUGUGCCAACUCGGCUGGUUAUGGAGCCCACGGUCAUGAGUCUCGCCCCGUCACAGUUUGUACUGAAGGAGCGCACUCAAGAGGUGAUCACUGUAUUGGUAAAGUCCACCCAGAGAGAGCUUAGUCUGGCACAAGCAGGUACUGCUCUCAUGGCUACGAUUGUUUUGUUCUGUGGGGAUGAAGUGUCCAGGCAACAGUACAGAAGAUUAUUGCAGAAUAAACCAGAUGCUGCCCGGAAAGCUCUCUCUGAGAAUAGUCUGCAGAAGAAUAUUGAUUUUAAUGAAAAGUUCCUUGGAGAGGACACCAUUACAGAAACCUGCAAUCUGCCACAGCGACCAAAUGAGGCACACAUUUUCUUUGGAAAUAUGAGGAAAGUGGUUGUGUCACUACUGGGGACUACAAAAAACACUGAGUGUGAACGUGACACCGGGAUGUCAACAUCGUCUGCUUGGAAAACAGAGAGAAGUCUGGACAAUGGAAAUGUCUCUCUGGAUGUGCUGCCAGUCAAAGGACCCCAAGGAUCUGCAAUGACCAUUUCGGAAUCCUCCGCGAAGAGUGUACAACCGUUGACCAAGCCAAGCGAGUCAUGGUUGAUUCGACCUGAGCAACUCUUGCUCCCAGCUCCUUCUCCAAAUGGUGUUGCCUGCACCAGUCGGGUUCAGAUACAGAACAAAACAUCUAAGGAGCUGAGCUUCGACUUGUCCUGGCCUGCUCACUGCCUAACUGUCACUCCUCAACAUGGAGUCAUUGAGCCUCAGUGUCACCUGCAGAUUUUAGUCAGCCCCAAUCCUUCUCUCGCAAACAAAUCUUCACUGCUGCCAUGGAGCGGACAAAUUUACGUUCAGUGUGAUGGACAACAGAAGUUCAUUAAGGUCCAGAUUCGUCAAGAUCUGGCUCUUGAUGUUUCUGCUGCGCCAGCUGAUACAACCCUCUCAGCUCUGGCCCCGCAGCCUGCCACCCCAACCUUAGCUGCCAACAGACCUGUGGCAGUAUCCACAGUGACACCUGUUACAGCACCGGCCCUGUUACAGAUCAACAACCGAAAUAUCCUUUUCCCCAACACACUAUCAGGGGAUUCGUCAGAGGCCGUGCUUGAGGUGGAAAAUGGAGGAGUGGAAGUGAGGUGGUACUUGUCCUCGUUUGCUCCUGCCUAUGUGAGGGGUGUGGACAGCAGUUGCGAUGUUUACCGGGCCACGUACACAGCUUUCAGGUGUUGCAGAGUCUCUGGUACUUUAGGAGCAAAGGAAAAGAUGAAGGUUCCCUUUACCUUCCUACCAAGGGACCGUGGUGACUAUGCUCAGUUCUGGGACCUGGAAUGCCACCCGUUGUCGGAGCCACAACAGAAGACAAGAAUCCGCUUUCAACUCUGUGGCACUGGUCUACAAUCGGCUUUGGUGGAAGGAGCGCAGGAAGGUGACUGCUCUCUGGUGAAGAUCGAAGCCUCAGUGAAGAGCAGGAAGCGAACCGACGGGUUGCCGAGCAAAAACGGCCAUGGUGAGGCUGCACCGAGGGGCGUGUACUCUCCAAAAGACGUGUAUACUUUCCCACCAACACGCAUCGGGGAGUCGAGUACCAUCAAGGUGGACAUCUACAAUAGGUCUCCGAGCGCACACGAGCUGAAGUUUGUGAACCCUCGUGAACCGUUCCACAUCAAGAAGUUCAAAUGUUCUGUGAGGUCACAACACUUUGUAAAGCUAUCCGUCUACUUCAAGCCCACGACUGCUGGAAGACAUGACGGCCUGCUGCUGGUCCAGCCGGUGGGGAGUGACAGUAUUGUCGUUCAGCUGACCGGAGAAGCUCUGCCUUGAACUCACCAUCCAUCUCCAUGGACGUAUGGAAUUCUUUUUUUUUUAAGCCAUGGACAUCUUUUUAUUCAUCCUGCAGCCAAGACAGACGGAUGGGUUUGGUUCAGUCCUUUAUCCUGCACUCAGAUCCAGGCUGGUCAAAUGAUGGCUUCUCUUCGUCGACCUGUAGACUGAAAGAGGUCCAAGUGUUCUCAUCUUGGGGUGUAAGACUGGAUGUCUCUCUUGUGCCGUGUGGUUCACAUCAGUUAGUGACAGUGUUUGAUGCAACUAAGUAUUUCACCACCUGGUCCAUAAAUCCGUCCUGGCACAAAAGCUGGCAUGGUGCGGCCGUGGCAACAGUCUAGACACGCCUACGGUUGAGUUGCACCUCUCCAGGGAUCCUGCAAGAACUCAUCGACCUCAACGCAUCUAAAUGCUUCCCUCAUCUGUCACAUGCGUCUCUGUCAGCUCCAUGUGAUGCCGGCGAGUCUUCUGCCAGACCCAUCCAAAUGCUCCAGAUGUUGUCAAUUCAGGGGCAUCUCAGCAACAUUAGGCUGUUUAAUGAUUGUUAUUACAAGCUAAACAGCUUCCCCUGCUGGGCUCUUUGCUUGGCUGCCAUCCAGCCUGACUUCAUACAGUUACCAUGGAGAACAGCAUGUUCAUCAUGCUUCCGCUCACAUGAAAUUAGCCCCUUUAUUUUCUGUCUGCCGCUGCAGCCGCGGCUUCCUUCCUUCUCCAUCAGAUGUAUCAUCAGGAUGCAGAACAUUUCAACACUAAUGUGCCAUUUUCCUAGUUUCAGUAUGAAGACUGGAGAUACUGCCGGAACACUCAUCAAACAUUUGCACUCCUUUAAGUAAAAUAUGUAAUAUAUUCUAUGUAACUUUGAAAUAAAGACUU